AAAAGAAAGCCGACGCGCGAGUCAACAGUAAAACGGUUUCACCACCCUGAUCUUGCUGAUGUUGAACUGGGACAGAUGCAUUGCUAUCUGCAAUUUCCUCCGGUGACAAAAGUCAAUUUUCCUGGCAAUUGAAGCCAUGGUCGUGCAGGCCAAGAUGGAUACCUUCUUGGUCUUCCAAACUCUUCUUCUACUUGCGCUCCUGUCGCUUACUUCCCUUUCUCCAAUCCAGAGCUCCCAGGAGCCUGAUUACGCUGAACAGCUUCAAAGCUCUGCCCAGCAAGACAAAGAUUGGCUGGUCUCGAUAAGAAGGAAAAUCCAUGAAUACCCAGAGCUCCGUUUCGAAGAACAUAACACCAGCGCUCUCAUCCGCAGAGAACUCGAAAGGCUUGGCAUCUCUUACUCCUACCCACUUGCCAAAACUGGCAUUGUUGCUCAGAUUGGCUCGGGUUCUCCCCCUGUUGUUGCUCUUCGAGCAGACAUGGACGCCCUGCCUUUGCAAGAGCUUGUUGAUUGGGAGCAUAAGAGCAAGAUUGAUGGUAAAAUGCACGGCUGUGGACACGAUGCUCACACGACAAUGCUACUUGGAGCUGCUAAGUUGCUUAAUCAACGGAAAGACAAACUCAAGGGAACUGUAAGACUUCUUUUCCAACCUGCUGAGGAGGGAGGUGCGGGUGCAUCUCACAUGAUAAAAGAAGGUUCCCUUAAUGAUGCUGAAGCAAUAUUUGGAAUGCACGUUGAUUACACUCUGCCCACAGGUAGUAUAGCAUCUGUUUCAGGGCCUGUUGCUGCUGCUGCAUGCAUCUUUGAGGCAAAAAUAGUAGGAAAAGGUGGGCAUGCAGCAAAUCCCCACAUAACUGUCGAUCCAGUUCUUGCUGCAUCAUUUGCAAUUUUGGCAUUGCAGCAGCUCAUCUCAAGAGAAACUGAUCCCCUUGAUAGUCUGGUGCUAUCUGUUACUUACGUGAGAGGUGGUACUGCAUUUAAUGUUAUUCCAUCGUAUGUUGAAUUUGGGGGCACUUUGAGGAGUCUAACAACUAAAGGCUUGCACCAACUCAGGCGCCGGUUGAUAGAGGUUAUUGAAGAACAGGCAGCUGUACACAGAUGUAAUGCAUAUAUUGACAUGAAAGAAGAAUAUUUUCCACUAUAUCCUGCUGUCGUAAAUGAUGAGAGAUUGCAUCUGCAUGUGGAGAGGGUUGGAAAACUUUUGCUUGGUCCCAAAAAUGUCAAGGUUGGCAAGAAGGUGAUGGCAGGUGAAGACUUCGCCUUCUAUCAAGAACUGAUUCCUGGAUCUAUGCUUAGCAUUGGAAUUAGAAACGAUGAAUUGGGUUCAGUUCACUCCCCACAUUCUCCUUACUUCUUUCUUGAUGAGGAUAUCCUUCCAAUUGGUGCUGCAUUACACACCGCCCUUGCUGAGAUUUAUCUGAGUGAGCACCAACAUAUCUUGCAAUAAAAAUUCAGAAUAUGGUAUGGAUAACACAAGCUGGUUCAAUAAUGCUGUGUGUUCCUAAACUUCGGGAAUUCAAGGAAAGAAUGUGCAUACGCUUGUGAAGAAUUUUAGCUAAAUUUUGUUCACUGUAUAUUACACUCUUCACAAACACAAACCAGGUCCAGGUGGUUGCAAAUGUAGCAGUUGCUUAUCAGAGACCUCUGUAUUUUCUUUGUAUUGGAUAUCCGGGUUUUCCCAAGCUGGUUAUAGAUUGAUUGGCAACUUUGUCUAGGUA